AUGGCUUCUUUUAAUUCGAUGGGAACUGACAAAAAAGGCAAGGGCCAUCUCAAUCAAGCUUCUCAGACGACUCCCAAUGGCCUUUAUGAGCCUAGUCCUUUUAUCAAGGCUGCUUCACAAGAAUAUCCAUGGGCAGCAAAGAUGAAAUCAGUCUGCAAUCUCAACAGGGUUACUGUCCCUGAAUACUUGGAGGAUGGAACCCCUAAGGUAACUGUUCCAAGUCAUGUAAUUCUUCAAGGAAUUCAGAAUCAAAGAGAAUAUGUGGUUGGUCAGUUCUGCCAUUGCUUUGCGCCUGCUGGAGGAGAAUCAACAUACUUGUUUCAUAUUCCGGAUGAUGCUACUCGCAAGUUUGUUAUCCAAAGGGGGAUAUGGCAUGUUGAUGACUGCUUGAUGUUUGUUUCUGCUUGGUCUCCGACUGAAACAAUUACUUUACAGGAAAUCAAGACUAUCCCAGUUUGGUUGUCUCUCAAGAACAUACCAAAUCAACUCUACUCUUUUGAAGGAAUCAAAUGGAUCGCUUCAGGUAUUGGUGAGUCGAUGCUUACGUACAAACCUUGGCUUGAUACUACUUUAAUGGGAGAAGCAAAAAUUUUGGUUGAGGUCAAGUUACAUAGGCCUUUUGCUCAGAGAGUAGCUAUUGAGGAUGAGAGUGGGUCUGUCUCAAUGGUUGAUGUUGUGUACUCUUGGCUGCCUUCGAAGUGUGCAAGAUGUGGUCAGAUGGGCCAUAAAGCGUCAGGAUGUUUGGGACAGCCGCUUGAUCCAACUAGCAGCACCAAGACAUCAUCUCCAGUAUCAAGAGAUGUUGAAUCAAGUGUUACUUUAGCAAAUGAAGCAAAUAAUAUGGUCAGGGACAAAGAGGACAGAGAUGCUACUGUAACGGUCUCACACCCUCCAACUCCAAGUGUGGAAGCUACUUCUGAUCCAAUUCUGGCUCUAGUAGCUACCAUAAACAAGCCUAUUGAUAAGAUCAAGGAUGAAUCAAGGAUGGAAGCAAAGCAAGAUACCACAUUCUCACUAAAAGGAAAGGUUGAACAGAGCUCUCCAAAUACUAACUCCGAACACUUGUCUACACACUCAAUCACAUGUAAUACUACAAGCAACUCUCACACACCUUUGGUUUCUUCAAAAGAAACUCCAUAUUCUUCCAAUCAUGUCUCUACCAAUUCUGCUCCAGCUGAUUGUUCAAUCCGCAUGAGCUUAUCAAGCUCUAAUUUACUCACCAAUCGAUUUAGCUCUUUAGAAUUUUCGGAUGAUGAAGAUGAAACUUUAAUUUCAUCUGACGAGCUGGACCCAAAGGAAUAUUUGUCUCCUCAAGGUAAAGUUUUUCUUCAGGAAAGGCCUGUUAAACCCUCUACAAAGGCUAAGGAGAUGCAGUUGCAUUCCGUAGCUCGUGGACGUGGUAACCGUAACCGUGGUAAUCGUGGUCGUAAUAGAGGUGGUCGUGGCUAA